AUGAAUCCUGAUAUUAUUGAAUAUCCGCUGGCAGAACCAUCCAUUAUCCUUUCGGUGUCAGAGGAUGCGUUCGCACCCAAAACCGGGUUGCAGGUUCCAAUCUCGCUGUAUGUCGAAAAGUUUUCUUUAACGGAGGAUCUUGUUGCAGAAAACGACGAUGACAAGAAUGAGGAAGGCACUGGCGCCGCCGCCGCUGCCUUCCGGCUGUUCACUCAUCAGAUAGACAUUCCUAAAGGAUCGGAUGACUAUGUCUCACUGGGAGUUAUGGGCAAAAAUGGCACGUUGAAGCAUCCCAAAGGCGCAUCGGGCGGGAAAAUUGAGCUGUAUGUGGAGAGCCUUCCACUGGACACCGCAAGAAGGAUCCAGAUUAAGGUUCUCGGUGGUCACGGUUGGGAUGGUAUCUCAACUGCGGAGGAUAAACCCCCCGCCAAUGGAGGUGACGGAGGUGACGGUGGACAUGUCACUGUGCUCUUGGGGCGGAUCCUCAGCCAAGCAGUGAUCAUCACGGAGUCGUUGUUAACGGCGCUCAAUAGCGAUGGAAGCGAAUGGCCAGUUGAUUUCCGGGACACCGUCCGUUCCUGGAUCAGCACGAUGAAUGAGGCCGACGUCCAAGAGGUUUAUGUCUUACCAUCCACCAUGCAAGAUGCGAGCCAGGUCCUCGAUGGAACGAAAGCUGAUUUCAAUCGGGAAGUAAUCACGGCCUAUCAGAAGCUUCUCACGAAUGAAGAAUCAGUACUCUCCCAGGUGACCAAGAGCAUCAAUGUCGACGGGGGAACGUAUGGAGUCGGAGGGACCAGUGCCCAGGGCCAAGGGACCAGCGGCAAUAGUGGCUCCAGCGGUAGGCAGCACUCCUUUUUUAUCGAUUCAACCUCGACAGUCACGGAUUCCACCGUCUGCUACCUACAUCCGGUAGAAUGUCGAAUGCUUCUGGACAAGGCAAAGGCUCUUCUAUUCUUAAACGCUGAUGGCCAGAAAGUAAAAGCCCUGCAGUACCUCCAGCAGCUUCAGCAACGACUAUGGUUCUUGGGAGACCCCUCCUGUCCGAAUGAUCUGUCCGAUACCAAUCUAGGACAGGCAUAUCGAAGAGCGGAAGAAUCUCUGGCGGUGGUUUCAGGGCCAGAGGAAGAGGAACCGGCAUCCAUACAACAGCUCCGAUCAAUCUACGACCAGGUUGACAAAACCAUAAAGAUGCUUGUUGCUCCCCAGGACACGUUUGGAACCCAGAAUCUCAAAGUUCCUCGUGGAUCAUUUGCCUUUUACAAAGAGUACGCAGACAAAUUUCUUGACGACCUGAAGGUGAUUGAGGACACAUAUUUGGGGUACCUCAACGACGAUCUCUCAAGCGAGCAGAAAACCCACGCAAUUCAACAAAGGGGCUCCAUGUGUGACUCCUCCAAAUCUCAGAUCGAGAAUUCGAUUGUGGCGCUGAGAAACGCUCUGACAGCGAUCGACUCCAAGAUUGCAGUGGCUCAGGAGGAUAUGAGGAUAGCCGAGGCACGUUUAAUAUCAAGCAUCGCUGAUGUAGAAGAUGCGAUCAAGAAUGUUUUCAAAUUCAGUUUCGAGGAUCUUCUCAAAGGAAUCACCCAGGUUGUCUCCAUGAAAGACGAUUUUAUAUCCUUGCUUGGCACCAUCAACGACGGCACCAAAUGGGCCUACGAUCAUCUAUCGCAGAUCUCGAAAGACUCUGGGAUCAACAUCAACAAAGGUUAUCUUCUACACUCGGUCACCCAGAUUGAGGGGUCUAUUGAGGACCUGCAUGAAGGGUACACCAUCUUGGCCGACGGAAACGCUCAGUUCGAUGACCCAGGGUGUGCAAAACUGGUUUUGUUGGAAUCAGACCUGAACAAGCUCCUCGCGGAAUUUAGUUCUGCGCUCGGAGAUGAUCGUCUCAAGCAAGUCAAGGUCUGUUUUGAUCGAUAUGUUGAAACCACACAAGCCCGCAACUCGGCGGUCAUGGACUACAGCGCGGACAUACAGCAGCUCAUCAACUACCUCAGAACUGGUGAUUCUCUGGAUAGUCAGAAGAAGGACAUAGUUCGUGACGAGUAUAAUGUCCUCGGGCUAGAACACCCAACAUUGACCGCGUUCAUGCGUACGCUAUACACCAAUUCCCUGGCCAGUGUCCAGCUCUGGUUGGAAAAAAUGCAGCAGGCCUAUGCAUUUGUCACUCUGGACGAAACCAACAUCAUCGGAAACGCAAUGAAUGGGUUCCAAUUCUCCCAGUUCACGUAUAGCAUGUUGACCGCUGUCAGCUCGGAUCUGGAUAACUACUAUGCCCAACGGGUCGAGUCCUGGGGCCAGUCAAUGCAGACACUCAAGGGUGUCACAUUCCCAGUCUACAAUGUCAAGCAGGACAUGCAAACAUUCACAGACAACAAGUCUACCAUUCAAGUUGCGCUCACGCCCGAAACAAUCAACCCCACAACCGGUGGGCUCAUUUUCGGAGAAGGCAGAGUCGAUAUCCGAUUGACAAAUGUUCGUUGUUUCAUCGACGGCGCAAAGACAGACACUGGGUUUCUGGACCUCAACCUACUGCAUACCGGUCAGGAGGCCAUCGUCGAUGAGACAGGCACGGCACAUACCUUUGAUCACCAGCCUGUCGUGACCAAUUUCCGCUAUGUGAUCGAGGAUAAGGAUCAUACUGGGCCGGGAACGGUGGAUGGUGUCAUCGGCACUGUUUCUGAUAAUGAUCCAUAUGCUAUGGUUGGGCCAUUUACUAAAUGGCAUGUCGUGAUUAAUCAUGCGAACAACCCCGGGUUGGAUCUGUCAAAUGCCAAAGACCCGUAUCUGGAGUUUGACAUACAGUUCAGAGUACGAGCGUAA